AGGCUUAGUAGCGCAUUGGAUGCGGCCCGUGUUGGAUUAGCUUUAGAAAGAUCGAGCAUGAUUGUCACCGCCAAAUUGGUGGCCAUUGGGCUGAGCCUUGCCCUGACCGCGUUUACCGUUUCCACCAUUGUGCUGGCCGUGCAAAAGUCCAGUUUGACGAAUGAUUUGCGCGAGGCACAGGAGAAACUUGAUAUGCUGGAGGCGGGUCUGCAAACGACGAGCACGAGCACGGUAGCGCCGCCUGCGAGCCCUACAGCAGCGCCAGGCACCACAGCAGAACCAGAACCCUCAGCAGCGCCAGGCACCACGGCAGCUCCUGCCACCACGGCAGCUCCUGAGCAAAAGAUUGACUAUCGUCUGCCCAGCCACCUGGAGCCCACACACUACGAUUUGUACCUCUUUCCAAACGUGGAGACGGGCGUGUUUGAUGGCCAGGAAACGAUUAAACUGAACGUGCACGAGGCCACCGAUACGAUUGUGCUGCACUCGCUCAACCUCAACAUUUCCGGCGUGUCCGUGCUGAAGCCGGACUCUUCCAGCGUGGAGGUCUCCGAGAUCAGCUUCGAUGCGGUGCGAGAGUUUCUGGUGCUGCAGCUGGCCGAGCAGCUGACAGCGGGCACUGAGGUGGAGCUCCAUUUGGGCUUCGGUGGCUCCAUGGCCAACAAGAUUGUGGGCCUGUACAGUUCGUCGUAUGUGAAGGCGGAUGAGAGUCGCAAGUGGAUUGCCACCUCCAAAUUCGAGCCCACCUAUGCCCGCCAGGCCUUUCCCUGCUUCGAUGAGCCAGCGCUGAAGGCCACCUUCCAGAUAACCCUCGUGCAUCCCGUGGAUGGGGAUUACCAUGCGCUGUCCAACAUGAACAUCGAGUCGCAGGCCAAUCAGGGCGCCUACACGGAGGUCACCUUCGCCAAGAGUGUGCCCAUGAGCACGUAUCUGGCCUGCUUCAUUGUCUCUGACUUUACGGCAAAGUUUGUGGAGGUGGACACCAGGGGCAUUGGCGAGACCUUCACCAUGGGCGUCUAUGCCACGCCCGAGCAGAUUGGCAAAGUGGACUUCGCCGUGGAGGUGGGCAAGGGUGUGAUUGAGUACUACAUCGAUUACUUCCAAAUUGAGUAUCCGCUGCCCAAGCUGGACAUGGCAGCCAUACCCGACUUUGUCUCCGGCGCCAUGGAGCACUGGGGUUUGGUCACCUACCGCGAGACCAGUCUGCUCUACGAUGCAGAGACAAGUUCGGCCGCGAACAAGCAGCGCAUUGCCUCGGUCAUUGCUCACGAGUUUGCUCACAUGUGGUUCGGCAAUUUGGUAACCAUGAAUUGGUGGAACGAUUUGUGGCUAAACGAGGGCUUUGCCAGCUUUAUCGAGUACCUGGGCGUGGACUCUGUCUUUCCCGAGUGGAAAAUGCGCGAUCAAUUCAUUGUGAGCACUUUGCAUGGCGUGUUAACCUUAGACGGCACCUUGGGCUCCCAUCCCAUCAUCCAGACCGUGGAGAAUCCAGAUCAGAUUACGGAAAUCUUUGACACCAUCACCUACUCGAAGGGUUCCUCGCUGGUGCGCAUGGUGGAGGAUUUUCUGGGCGAGGCCCUCUUCCGGGAAGCGGUGACCAAUUACUUGAAUGAAUACAAAUACACGACGGCGGAGACUUCCAAUUUCUUUACGGAAAUUGAUAAGCUGGGACUGGACCACAAUGUGACGGCCAUUAUGCUGACAUGGACAGUGCAGAUGGGUCUGCCAGUUGUCACGGUGGAGCAGCUAUCCGACACUGAAUACAAAUUGACGCAAAAGCGCUUCUUGUCCAAUCCCAACGACUAUGACGCAGAGCACGAGAGUUCGGAAUACAACUACCGCUGGACAAUACCCAUCACAUACACCACCAGCGCGGAGUCCAGUGUGCAGCGGGUUUGGUUUUACCAUGACCAAAGCGAAGUCAUCAUAACUCUGCCCGCUGCUGUGCAGUGGAUCAAAUUGAACGCGGAGCAAGUGGGCUACUAUCGGGUCAACUAUGCUGCGGCGUUGUGGGAAUCGCUGGCCACGCAGCUGGUGGCCACGCCGGGCACCUUCAGCUCGGGCGACCGCGCCUCCCUGCUCAACGAUGCCUUUGCGCUGGCUGACUCCACGCAGCUGCCGUACGAGAUUGCCUUUGACAUGACCAAGUAUCUGGACAAGGAGCAGGACUAUGUGCCCUGGAGUGUGGCUGCCUCAAAGCUGACAUCGCUGAAGCGCACGCUCUACUACACGUCCAGCUACGUGAAGUACAAGAAGUAUGCCACGGCGCUGAUCGAGCCCAUCUACACGGCACUCACGUGGACAGUGGGCGAGGAUCACUUGGACAAUCGCCUGCGUGUCACUGCCCUGAGUGCCGCCUGUUCGUUGGGCCUCGAGUCCUGCCUCAGCGAGGUGGGCGCACAGUUCAACAGUUGGCUGGCCCAGCCCAAUGAGCGACCCAAGCCGGAUGUCCGCGAAACCAUCUACUACUACGGCAUGUUGUCCGUGGGCGAUCAGCAGAUCUGGGAGCAGGUCUGGCAGCUGUUCGUCGACGAGGCGGAUGCCAGCGAGAAGUCCAAGCUGAUGUACGGCCUGUCCGCUGUGCAGGAGCCGUGGAUACUCCAGCGCUACAUUGACCUCGCCUGGAAUGAGGAUUACGUGCGCGGUCAGGAUUACUUCACGUGCCUGACUUACAUUGCCUCGAAUCCCGUGGGUGAGCCGCUGGUCUGGGAAUAUGUGCGCGAGAACUGGCAGAAGCUGGUCGACCGCUUCGGACUGAAUGAACGUUAUUUGGGCAAUCUGAUACCCUCGAUCACGGCUCGCUUCAACACCCAAACGAAGCUCGAGGAGAUGGAGUACUUCUUUGAGAAGUAUCCCGAGGCAGGAGCUGGCACUGCGGCACGUGUACGUGCCCUCGAAACGGUGAAGAACAAUAUUGUGUGGCUGGCCGAGAAUCUCGAGAGCGUCGACGCCUGGCUGGACGAGCAGCAACUGUAGCUGGCCAUUCCCUUGGGUUUUUUUCCUUAUGUUUAUUAAGUUUUUGGCCAUAAAGAACGACCAAUGGGAAUAAAGAUAAGCUCAACAUUACAGCUCCAUAAA